AUGGAUUCAAUUAUGAGGUCGGACGAAGAUUAUUUCGAUUCCAACUCAUCAUCAUCGGGAGAGGAAGCUGAGACUUCUAAAGUGGUUUACGUACCAAAAGGCCCCGAUGAAUUGAAACCAAAAAUUGGGCAAAGUUUCAUGACCCUUGAUCAUGCAUUGGACUUCUACAACAAUUAUGCUCGAUAUGUUGGGUUUGACACCCGUAAAAAUGGAUCAAAAAAGGAAAAAGAUGUCAUUACUUGGAUUUACGUAGUGUGUAGCCAAGAAGGUACAAAGCAAAGAAAGAGUGAACAAUCUGAGUUGAAAAGCAAGCGUUCUUCUAUUAAGUGUUAUUGUAAUGCUAAAGUGUCUUGGAAGUAUUUUAUGAGUGUUGGUUAUGUUAUACAAAGUUUCGUUGAAGAACAUAAUCACGAGAUGGUUGAGGAACGCCAUAAGCGUUUUAUGAAGUUGAACCGCAAUUUGGAUUUAGUCCAUCAGAAAUUCAUACUUGAUUGUGCUAAUGCAAACAUUGGUCCAACUUUAAGUUUUAGCUUACUUAAGGAAGUGCUUGGUGGAUUAGAUUAUGUAGGGUGUACUAUUUUAGAAGUGCGCAGCUAUAGACGUGAUCUUAGAGCAUAUGUGGAAGGAGCUGAUGCACAAAUGCUAUUAAAUGAGAUGCGAAGGAAGAAUGAGCUUUGUAGUGCAUUUACAUAUGAGUAUGAGGUCAACUCAAAAGAUAGGAUGACACGAUUGUUUUGGUGUGAUCCUACUGCCAAGAGAAACUAUCAUUUGUAUGGUGAUAUUGUUUCUUUUGAUACGACAUACUCAACAAAUAGGUACUGUAUGAUAUUUGCUCCUUUUACGGGCAAGGAUAAUCAUGGUCGCCCUGUGACAUUUGUUGCUGUCCUUUUGUCCAAGGAAAAUGCCAACUCCUUUUCAUGGUUAUUUAACCAAUUUAUAAAGUUAAUGGGUGUGGCUCCCAAACUCAUUGUAACCGACCAAGACUUAGGAAUGAAAGUUGCUGUUGAGGAGGUCCUUGUCAAUACAAGACACCGGUGGUGUAUGUGGCACGUUAUGAAUAAAGUUGCUGACAAAUUGCCAAAGAACAUGCUUGGUAGUGAACAAUUAAAGAAGGAACUGGAUGCAUGUGUAUGGUCGGAGUUGAUAGAACCUGAUGCAUUUGAGGAAACUUGGCAUGCUAUAAUGGAAAGAUAUGGGCUGGCCAAUAAUGACUGGUUUUCAUCAAUGUUUGCAUCCAGAAGGUUUUGGGUUCCAGCCUUUUUCCGUGAUUUUCCGAUGAGUUCGUUAAUAAAGACAUCUUCUUUGUCUGAAUCACAGAAUAGCUUCUUUAAAAGGUACUCAAAGUCCCGGGCUAACCUUAUGCAAUUUUAUAUGAACUAUAACCAUGCUCUGGAGACUCAAAGAAGUAAUAGCGCAAAGCUUGAAUACUAUGAUUCAACAAAAGUGCCUAUUUUGCGAACAGAAUUGGAAAUCGAGAAACAUGCAUCAACAAUAUAUAGUGGUAGUGCUUAUAAUGCAAUUCAAGAAGUGAUAGUUUAUUUUGUUAAGUUGAUACCCGAGAAGUUGCGUGGAGGGAGAUGGUUGAAGUCACAGUUUGUAAAGCCAAUACAUGGAGGUUUUUGUGUUGAUCAAGAAAUACACCUUGCUGUGGACAAGAAGAAGAUUGUAUUUAAAAACUUGUAUGCAUUAUUCAUUGAAACAGCACAAAGUAUUGAAGGGAACAUUGAUCAAAUCAAUGCAUUUGAUGCAAUUAUGGAAGAAGGUAAGAAGCAGCUUCUCGGAGAAGGUGUUGUUCUGUCUUCUACAGAGAAGAGAGCAUUGAUUGAGAACUUCUAUGGCUCACAAGUUCCGAACUUUAUUGAAGUUCAUCCUCCUGAUGUUGUUAGUACAAAGGGAAGUGGAAGUAGGAAGAAAUCAAAGAAGGAGUCGGCAAUGAAGUUAGCAAUGAAACCAUGUCGAAAGUGUGGAAACUGUCAUGAGAUUGGACACCAUGAUUCUAGGAACUGCAAAAAGGUUAAUGAGAAGGUAAAUCAGAGGCAAUGA